GUCCCACCGAGACACUGUAGCCCGCCAUGGAUCUCAGGGUAGGCAACAAGUACAGGAUCGGCAAGAAGAUCGGCUCAGGUUCUUUUGGCGAUAUCUACCUCGGCGUCAACAUCAUCUCGGGCGAGGAAGUAGCCAUCAAGCUCGAGUCCAUCAAGGCCAAACACCCCCAGCUAGAGUAUGAAGCCAAGGUCUACAAGACUCUUGCGGGAGGUGUCGGCGUGCCUUUUGUACGCUGGUUUGGCGUCGAAUGCGAUUACAAUGCCAUGGUCCUCGACCUCCUUGGCCCUUCACUGGAAGAUCUUUUCAACUUUUGCAACCGCAAGUUCUCCCUCAAGACGGUCCUUCUCCUCGCCGAUCAAUUGAUCUCGCGUAUCGAGUAUACUCACUCGCGCAAUUUCAUCCAUCGCGACAUCAAGCCCGACAAUUUCCUCAUGGGCAUCGGCAAGCGUGGCAAUCAGGUCAACGUCAUUGAUUUCGGACUUGCAAAGAAGUACAGAGAUCCGAAGACGCACCUCCACAUUCCCUACAGAGAGAACAAGAACCUCACGGGCACUGCGCGCUACACCUCAAUCAACACUCAUCUCGGCGUCGAGCAAUCCCGUCGAGACGACAUGGAAUCGCUUGGAUAUGUCCUCAUGUACUUCCUCCGUGGCUGUCUACCCUGGCAGGGACUCAAAGCGGCGACGAAGAAACAAAAGUACGAUCGUAUCAUGGAGAAGAAGAUGACGACGCCGACCGAGUUCCUCUGUCGGGGUUUCCCGAAUGAGUUUGCUAUCUACCUCAAUUACUGCCGCUCGCUUCGAUUCGACGAUAAGCCAGACUACUCGUACCUGCGAAAGCUCUUCCGAGAUCUCUUUGUUCGCGAAGGCUUCCAGUACGACUACAUCUUCGACUGGUCCGUCCAGCAACGCAACGGCGACGAGCAAGCCUCCGAAAAGGCAGCCAUCCAGGCCCAGCAACAGGCACAAGUGCAGCAAUCCCAGCACCAGAUGCUCACGGGAGCGCAGAACACUGGCCAGUCAGGCUCUAACAAUGGCAAUGGCUCUAGCAUGCAGCCUAAGCGUCGCGUUGUUCAGGCGCGCCAGGUCACCAACGAAGGUCUGGGGCAGGAUUCCGAUAGAAUGCUUCGCAGUGGUGCACCACGCACUCGCUCAGGAAACCCAGGCGACGGCUGGAAUAAUUGA